CCCGCCGACAUGACCUCCCGGCGCCCGGAUGCAUGUCUCCCGCUGGAAGAUGAAGCUGCUGGUUGUUGCCGCUACGUUCCUCAUCACCGCCUUCAGCCUCCUGCUGCUUCCCCGGGUCUCGCAGGCCGAGGACAGGAAGAAAGGCCCGAAAGUCACCGUCAAGGUGUAUUUUGACAUUAAGAUUGGUGAUGAAGAUGCGGGCCGUAUAGUACUUGGUCUUUUUGGAAAGACUGUUCCAAAGACUGUUGAGAAUUUUGUUGCUCUCGCUUCAGGGGAGAAGGGAUUUGGAUACAAAAACAGCAAAUUCCAUCGAGUUAUCAAAGAUUUUAUGAUCCAGGGAGGAGACUUCACCCGUGGGGAUGGCACUGGUGGGAAGAGUAUCUACGGUGAUCGCUUCCCUGAUGAAAACUUCAAGCUGAAACAUUAUGGUCCCGGUUGGGUCAGCAUGGCUAACGCUGGCAAAGAUACCAAUGGGUCCCAGUUCUUCAUCACAGCUACCAAGACAACCUGGCUCGAUGGGAAACAUGUGGUCUUUGGAAAAGUGGUUGAAGGACUGGAUGUUGUGAAAAAAGUUGAGAGUUCAAAGACGGAUGCCAAAGACAAACCCCUAAAAGAUGUAAUCAUCGUAGACUGUGGCAAAAUUGAGGUGGAGAAACCAUAUGCCAUUGCCAAAGAGUGAGCUAUCUCCCUUCGGGAGCUGCAAACACUUGGCUUUCUGCUCCAUUGACUCAGCUAGGAGAAUCCUGGGCUUCCAGGCUGUGGAGAUAUCCAAACAUUCCAGACUUUCUGGUUCUUGUUGGCUUUGUAAAAUGUACACAGCAUUAAUAAAAAUCAUGUUUUCUAA